CUGAUUAAUGCUUGAAGGCUGGAAGACUAGCAAGCGCUCCACGCGACGAUUUAACGCAUGCGUUUAGAAAUUAAUCUCACUAGAUCUGUCAUGACAAACACGUAUGAGUAUAUUUACAUUCUGAAACAAGACAAAGCAACAAGUACCUCAUAUUCCCAUUUUAUGAGAUCCCAGAAGGAAGUUUACUUUCCCGCGCAGGCGCACUGAGCCUCUUAUAGUGAACAGCUGUGAGUCGGUUCGUUGUAAAGAACCGGUUCAAAACGCGAUUCAAAAGAUCGAUGGUGGAGAAAUAUAUAGCUUUUAUUUACUAUUUCGACACGUUUUUUUAAUUAAUAAUUGUGUUUAUUGUCGGUUCACUGAUUCAGAGAGUCAACGAUGUCCGAAUGAUCCCCUUCUGUCCCUUUCGUGGCAAAGUUCAACCAGUUCACUAAAAAGAUUCGACUCAAAAGAACGAUUCGUUAACGUCGCUCAUUUCUUUAAAGCGGAGAACAGUUUAAUACUGGUAGAUCCUUUGAGGUAGUUUUAAUGUAUCCCCAUUUUAUCCGCAACUUCACGAUAUUACAGAAACGCCCGCGUUCUGUCCUGUAGAGAGCGGUAGUGAGCCAGCGACCGAGCUGCAUCACUGAAACGGCAACAUUACGCUAUACUGAUCUGCGCAUGCCCAGUAGCCGCAGCUGUAUCCCUUCUAGCCUUAUCCGUUUUCGUUACUGAUUAACGUUACACCUCGAGUCGUUUUGUGUCAUGUAAUAAGCGUCUCCAGAGGAGCUCUUGAGCUGCAGACUGCAAUAUGGUGACAGUUCCCAGCAGCUGUCCUACUGUACCGCUGUCCAAUGGACGCAACAUUCCCAUUCUGGGUUUAGGAACAUCUCAUGUUGGAGGUUACAGUCAUGAAGCAGUGCACUGUGCUCUACAGGAGUGUGGCAUAAGGCAUAUAGACACAGCCAAGCGUUAUGGUUGUGAAGAGGCUUUGGGGAAAGCUGUGGUUGAUAGUGGAGUACCACGAGAGGAGCUCUGGCUCACCACCAAACUAUGGCCUGGAGAUUACGGCUACCAGAGCACCAAACAAGCCUGCCGGGACUCGUGUGCCAGGCUAGGGGUUGAUUAUUUAGACCUUUAUCUGAUGCACUGGCCGGACUGCAUGGUUCCAGGCGUCUCCAGUCGUGAGGUCCGAUCAGAGACGUGGAGAGCUCUGGAGGAGCUUUAUGAUGAAGGUUCAUGCUCUUUUAGAAGGGUAUAUAUAAAUGAAAACUUGUCACUGUGUUUGAUUUACUUGCAGGUGGAGUUUCAUCCCUUCCAGCAGCCACUGGAGCUGGUUGAAUAUUGCCGGAAGGAGAAUAUUGUUUUUGAAGGCUACUGUCCUUUGGCCAAAGGUCAAGCUCUCACUCAUCCAUCAGUCAUGGAGCUCGCCCAGAAAUAUGGCCGCAGCACGUCACAAAUAUGCAUACGCUGGAGUAUCCAGCACGGAGUUGUCACAAUUCCAAAGUCCACCAAACCAGAAAGGGUCCAUGAAAACUGCCAAGUUUUUGGAUUCACACUAUCAGCAGAAGACAUGGACCGAAUUAGAGGUUUACACACCAAUCAGAAGCUGAUUCAUCUCACUUAUCCAAUCUGGAAAGGAUAACCUAGCGAUCAAAAUCCUAGAGGUUUGUUAUUAGGAUUGUGACAGGUCCUGAACUUACUGUGAAAGGAAAGCUUAAGAAAAUGAAAUCAAGGGAAUCAGUGAUUUGCAUGCUGCUGAUGUCACACAUGUGCCUUUUGGAAACUGGUAUUCAGUGGUGUUGAGUCUAAUAAUUGUUAUGGUCUUAAUAGUAACAAUUAGUAGGGAGAGCAAUUUUGUGUACAAACUAACUGCUAGUUACACUUCAUAUCCUCAAACAUCAGACGUGA